AUGGGAGUACCGGUCAAUGCCGCAAAUGAGAUGACAGCAAAGAAAGUACCGUUACGCACGCCCACCUGGCGAAGAUCGGAGAUCUGCGCCACAAGAGCUGGUGCAAGUGAGACAAACGCACCAGAGCCGAAGCCGUACAAGGCGCUGAACACAAUUGCCGGGGCAUUGCCCUUUGACGGUAGCCAGAGGGCUCAGGACAAGGAUUGCCGAGAAGAACGUUGUUAUGACCAUCAUGUUGUAGCGGCCGACCUUGUCGGCGAGAUAACCUGGAAGUGUGCGGCCGAAGAUACUAUUUGGAUUUCGUUAGUUCAUCUACGAGCCAGAUUGGAAGACAUGCCAUAUCUCUCCGCCUGGGUAAUAACAAAAGUGAAGGGCAAGAACAUGCCCCAGAAGAAGCAAAAGGCAGCAGCAAGCGUAAGUGCGAACUUGAGCUCAGCCAACGGCCUAAGGAAACUCAGGAUAUCGAAUGGCUUGGGACGAUGCGGCAAUCUCGACUUCAGCGUGAGAUUGGCAAUACCUAACAUGAACAAAAUGAGGAAGGCGCAGAUUCUCAUCGCCCAGGGGAAUCCGACUUUGGGAAUUAGUUGGGUGACCAUGAUAGGGAAGAUGACUCCGCCCAGACUGGAUCCAGCGGCUGUUACGCCGAGGGCGAAGGCACGACGCUUAGCGAACCAGGUGCUGACGGAGUUGACGGAGGCGUUGAAGAUGGCGCUUGCGCCGAUUGGGCUGCAGAUUCCUUGCGCGAGAAUAAAUUGGUAG